UUCACGCAAACCCCCCGCGCCAAGGAAACCAGAGCAGAGCAGAGCAAAGCGCCCCGCCCCCGCGCGCGCACACAUACGUAGCCACAGCGGCCUCUUCCUCUCCACUCCAACUCCAAGCCAAGGAGAACGCGAUGGGGUGCGGGCAGUCCAAGGAGGACGCGGAGGGCGCGGUGGCGCGGUGCCGGGAGCAGAAGAACCUGCUGCGGGCGGCCGUCGAGGCGCGGCAUGGGCUGUCAGGGGCGCACGCGGCCCACGCCGCCGCGCUCAGGAACGUCGGGGCCGCGCUCUCCGACUACGCCAGCGGCGAGGCGCACGAGGGCGCGCUGCGCCACUCCGCCUCGGCCGCCGCGGUCAUGUCCUCCUCCGGCGGCGCCGGCGCCCAGGCCGCCGCGCUCGCGCUCCCGCCGCCGCCGCCGCCGCCGGGCCCGCCAGAGGACUCGCCGGCGCUCGUCAGGUCCAUGAGCGCGCCCGACCUGCCCCCUCCAGCCGGCGAUCAAGAAGAAACCAUCCGGCGAGGCGCCAAUCAUGGAGGAGGACGACGAGGGCGAGGACCCGCGCCGUCCGGAGGAGGAGGCCCAGCUGCAGCCGCCUCCUCCUCCGCCUCCGACGCACCAGCCCCCUCCCACACGCGCCCCCGCCCUCCCUGCCUCCGGACGCGGGGCACAAGGCGGGUUCCUGGGAUGAGUUCAUUUUCGGGCCCCGGGACGGCAUAUCUAUCCCGCCGCUCACGCUGGGAUCCAGCGCAGCCGCCUCGUGGGAAGCUGAGCGGGCGGAGGCCGCUGCGCCGCCGCCACCGCCGCCCGAUCCAGAGGAACAGGCUCAGCUUCCGCCUCGACCGCCAGCGCCAUCGACGGCUGCUGAAGAAGUGGCCGAGGGAAAGAAGCCAGCGGUGGAGCCCGUGGCGCGGCGGGCGUUGACGCAGAAGGCCGCGAGGAGAACCGAGGGCAAGAAAGGCAGGACGGUGGUGCUGGUCCCGCCGCAGGCUGCAAGGCUCGGCGAUAUCCUGCGGGACCUCGACGAUCACUUCCUCAAGGCAUCCGACAGUGCGCACGAGGUGUCCAAGAUGCUAGAGGCGGCACGGAUGCACUACCACUCCAACUUCGCCGAGACGCGAGAAUCGGAUGUAUAUUCCACAGCACGAGUUUGUCUUGGAGGAGGAUAGGGAUGCCGGACAGACGGAGGAAGAGGAACAGCAACAGCACGGGCCAGCUCCCCAUCGGCAAGCAGCGGAAGGACGCGGGCAAGAGGCAGGCCCAGCCGUCGUUGUCGGUCGCGGCGCCGAAGUAGGGACUGUCCACCAGGGGGCAGCUUUCGUCCCCGGAUUGAACUCCUGACAAACUCGAACCAAACGGAUAGAACAAAACAAGACGAUUUCAGGCGAUGUCGGCAGAGCGGUGAGACAGUGGCAAUAUCAACCACGGGCAGUGGAACAAAGACAAUUUCCGGCGAGAAGCUCGAGCACAGGCGACACGGAUCGAAUAUUGACUUCAGCUUGUCAAAACGGAGUGCACGUCGGGCUGCCCAUGGGCUCGUGCUCUAAGCGGAGUCUGUGUGCCAGCAUAGUUCGAAACGUACCCGUCCGGUGUUGUUCCUUGUUGGGCCUUACGCCCAGGCGGCUUUACCGGGACAAAGCGAAGGGGGCGCAUGAGACGUAGGAAGGGCGACUGCCUUAUUUUUUUCACGAGCGAGGGAGAGGGACCAAACGUAUUUACUCAGUGCUGGCAGGAGCUGUAAUUUUGAUUGACAAACAGGGGCAAUGGCAAGUUGAACGAAAAAUUCGCAAGAAGCCUUAUUUUCUUUAUUAUUAGGUAUAGAUAUAGAUAACUAGGACAAUUCCCGCGUUGCUGCGGAAGAGAAAGAUAUAUUGAUUUUAACAUACAAAACAAAAAUUCCUUUCCGGGAAGAAGCUACGGGUUGACUUUAUUUAAUAUAUUCAGUCGCAAAGAUUUUUAUUACCAGAAUUAAGUUUUUCUUCCAUUUUCUUCCAUCUACAAAUAAUCAACAUAAAUACAGCAACAAAUAAUCAACACAAACAUAAAAAAAAUAUUAUCAACAAUUCUGUCUCUCAUUUUCUCUAGUCAGUGCAUGCAAAGAAAUAUAUCAAGUCUCUGAUUGUUUGCCCCAAUUUAGUUAUUGCAAACAAUUUUGUAGUAACCAGUAAAAAAUGAGUAGGUGUCUCUCACUCUAGCAGCUUGUUCUUGCGAGAAUUUCAUGUUUCUGCCUACUCAACUAAAGAUGGUUAGUUUUUUUUUCGAUAAAGGGUGCUUCAUUACUCAAAGAAUUUUAAGCAUUACACCCAGCCUCUGCAUAACUAAGAUGCACACAGCCGUUCAAAGAAACAAAAGGAUGAAAAUAAGAAUGUUCCAAGUCGAAAAAAGUAAAACACUAGAUAGUCCCGGACAACCUAAUUAGCCUGAAGACGCCUAUUAUGUUGCCACCCGUGUUGGGAAAUAAACUCCUUCGCCGUGUUCUCCAAUAAUGUAGACACCUCCGUACAGAGGUCGCGAUCCUCCAAACGUUGGAGUGGCGACCAUGAACGGAGCAAAGCCGUAGCGCGAUAAACAACCUGCAAAAGAUAAGAAUUUUUGUCAUUAAAACCCGCAGCGCAGAGACCUUGUCCGUGGACGAGGGGAAUGGAGGGGCUAGGAGCGUCGGGCGUGGAGUAGACCGCAGCGCCAAGGGAGAAGAAAAAUAAACGAAACCGAACCGGUACCAUGGCAUUUUGCCGUAUUAUGUAUUUUGGUGGGAGGGCAAAACGGUCCAAAAAAAUGUUGUUGACGAAACAUUUUGGCAGAAACCACUUUUUGGCAGAAACCUUAGCUCCUUUGUUAUUAGGUAUAGAUUGUCUGUACUUCAUCAUUGCCUCUGACAUUCAGUUGAGCAGUCCCUGUGUUGCUUGUUUUUGUAUUGCUUGUUUUUCAGGAACCACUUGAGUUAUGUUCCGCAAGCACAGAUUACUAUAUACAUGUUCAUGUACAGUACAAUACUUUGAAGAGAACGACUAACUUUUAUUUACUUCUG